AUGGAUGCAUUCCGCUUGUUGACUCGGUCAGCAAAUUUCAAAAAGGCCGCUGUACCGACAGCAGAGCCUGCUGCUCGCCUACCCUCCGCGGGCACCGCAACCAACCCACAACUCUUCCGGACCGCCGAAGCCGAUGAGCUCGAGUCGAAGCAUGGCAAGAAGAGGAAGCGCUUGGCUGUGACCGAAGACGACGGCGCAAUCCCAGCUGAUUUGGACUUUUUCCAUACCACCAAGCGCUCCACUGCGCCUCCGACGGGCGCAUCUACGACGAAGGAUGACCACACCUCCACAACGCAACGCGAUGACGACUCGGAGGAAGAGGAUACCAUGGACGAAGUGGAAUGUCGCACUAUCUUGAACUCGCACAAGAUCAAAGUGACGGAUCUGCGUGAUCUAAGUGAGAUCCAGCCUGCGGUUGCGGUUGCGGAAAAGGAAAAGGAAUCGAAGAAGAAAAAGAAGAAGUCGAAGAAGGACAAGGCGCCUGAGCUGAGCAAGAAAGAGCAGAAGCGUGCCAGGCGCAUGUUUCCGCAACCGCUUGUUUCUUUCAAGGAGCUACGCACCCGAUACAAAAUCUCCAGUCGACUCGCCAGCAACGUCGCAGAGCAGGGAUUUACAAUGCCCACGGAAGUUCAACUGUCGUCACUUCCGCUUUUACUUGGAGGAUCCGCGAAGAAUUCCUCCGAGCCAGAUCUGCUCGUGGUGGCUCCUACUGGUAGUGGUAAAACACUAUCUUUCUUGAUUCCUGUGAUCAACAAGAUCGUCCGACACCAUCACUCCGGUGCUGACGAGCAUGGAAUUCUGUCUGUGGUCGUGGUGCCUACGAAGGAACUUGCCAGCCAGAUUGUCAAUGAAGGACGAAAGCUGGUGGCAGGUACCGGUGUCAAGAUCACAUUGAUGAAGAAGGGUAUGCGGGUGGUCGAAAGCGAAGGAGCUACCGCGAUUGAAGAGAGCGAUGCAUCUGGAUCCGAAGACGAGGAGGACGAGGAAGAGGGCAGCAAGGCCAAGGGCCAAAACAACUCACCUGUCACCAAGAGCGAUAUCUUGGUUACAACUCCCCUGCAACUUGUCAACUCGCUGUCUGCAAACCAGACGAAACCCGUGGCAAGCAUGCCAUUAGUGCGAAGCCUGGUCUUCGAUGAAGCAGAUGUCCUCCUGGACCCAUUAUUCCGCGAGCAAACGCUCGAUAUCUGGCGUUCAUGUGUGCACCCAGACCUGCGCGUGAGCCUCUGGUCCGCGACUAUGGGCUCCAACAUCGAGGAACUCACCCGUUCAACGAUUAAAGAGCGUCUGGAAAACAUUGGCCAGACCAGCAACACCCUACACCCACUAGUCCGCCUGGUUGUCGGUUUGAAAGACUCGGCCGUUCCCAACAUUGACCAUCGACUGGUCUAUGCAGCCACCGAGCAGGGUAAACUUCUGGGCCUCCGCCAGCUUCUUCAUCCUACAGCGGCUUCAGCCUCAGAUGUCCGUCUUCGACCUCCAUUCCUCAUCUUCACUCAAACCAUCCCCCGUGCCGUUGCUUUGCACUCCGAAUUGAAGUACGACAUCCCCGCCGAAGCCGGCGGAUCCUCCCGCAUUGCCGUGCUUCACUCUGAUCUGUCCGAUAACCAGCGGUCAGACAUUAUGCGCGACUUCCGCAAGGGCGAGAUCUGGAUCCUGGUGACCACUGAUGCUCUCUCCCGCGGUCUGGAUAUCAAGGGAUUGAACGGAAUCGUCAACUACGAUAUUCCAAACUCAGCCGCCAUCUACGUCCAUCGUGCUGGACGAACAGGUCGUGCGGGUCGCGAGGGUGGUAUUGCUGUAACAUUCUACACAAAGGAAGACAUCCCUUACGUCAAGAGUAUUGCCAAUGUCAUCGAUGCCAGCGAGAAACUCCGCGGCACGGACGGUGCAAAGUCUAUCCAGAAAUGGCUGCUCGAGUCUCUGCCGGAUCUCAGCAAGAAGGACAAGCAGGAGCUCAAGAAACAUGGUGUCAAGGCUCGGCAGCUCUCGAAGCAAAUCGGUGGCAAGGAGGGCAAGGACAAGGAGCGGGAGGAGAGGGAGGCACGGAAGGCGAGGAUCAGUACGAAGAGCGGGUUUGAGCGUCGCUUGGAGAAUAAGAAGAAGGGGGCUAUUGCUGCUAGUCGCGAUAGGAAGGCUGCCGCUUCGGGCAAUGCUGUCAGCGAUGAUGGGAGUUGGGAUGGACUUGAGGAUUAG